AAUAAUAAUAAUAUCCAUGGAAAUGCAUCAUCAGACUAAUAAAAUGAAGUUUUUCAGUUAGAUGCAUUUGUGCCUUAGUGAAGUGCUCCACAUCCACAAUGACAUUAUAUUCAGAAAACAGAGGAGUUAUGAAGCCCCUAUACAUUUAAAUUUGUAUUCACCGUUAACUUGUGUGGUGAAGUUAUUAAAAGCACACAACCUAAAAUUUUACCCUGAUCUUGCUCAAAGCAUAUAUGUCUGCUUUGUGUGCUCAGAUGUUGUGUCCCUAUAACUUUAACUGUGGGGCUAUGGAGGCUCUAAGAAUUUAUAUAAUGAAUUGUCUAAGAGAGGAACUUAGUGUCAGAAUGAAACUGGAUUCACAUGUGGUGCUGCUAGUUGGUACUGCUUUGAAUCAUGCACGAAAAGUUAAACGAACAAAUAACAGUAUUCUGUAUUUAACAAAAGAUUAAAACACUAUUGAAAACAAAGUUGACUUCUAACAGGACGAUCUUACUUGUACUUUUUACACAAAACCGUUUGUAAAUAGCCUACAUGGAAAUAUUUCCAAUCCACUGCGAUUUAUAAACUAGCCUAAACAAGUUCCAUCUUUUUAAUCUAUCUCCGCUUUUGCUCACAAGUUCAGUCACAUGCUUCCUCUGGUUUCCUGGGUGAUGGUAAACACAGGUUGGCUUGCUUCAUGGAGAAAACAGAGCGGUCAAAGACCAAGCUGAUCAAUAACCAGCCGUACGACGAAAGCUUAGACGUGAACGAUUCGGAGGAAAUUGCAAGUAUUUACACCCCUACACCUCGGCAGACAGUAUCCAGGUCAGCAACUAGAAUCCAAAAUAAUAUGGCUACCAACAGCAGUGAUGAAUUUGAGGAGGAUGGGAAGAAAAAGAAAGGCGUUGAGGGAGGUCAGCAUGGUCUGAGUGAGAAUGAAGAGGAGGAAGAAGAUGAUGAUGACGAAGAUGAUGAUUCAGAUGAAACUGAGUCUGAUGAUGAGGAGGGAGAGCAAGGGUCUGCUCCUGAAGGGGCGUACGACCCAUCAGACUUUGACCACUUGCCUGUCACAGCAGAGAUCAAAGAGCUAUUUCAGUACAUCACACGGUACACGCCUCAAACCGUUGAGCUGGACCAUAAGCUUAAACCUUUCAUUCCUGACUUCAUCCCAGCUGUGGGGGACAUUGAUGCAUUUCUUAAAGUUCCUCGCCCAGAUGGGAAGCCAGAUAAUCUGGGUUUGCUUGUUCUGGAUGAGCCAUGCACCAAGCAGUCUGAUCCCACAGUGCUGUCCCUGUGGCUGUCUGAAAAUAGCAAACAACACAAUAUCACUGAACUGAAGGUGAAAAGUAUUGAAAAUCCAGAGAAGAACCCUAAGGCUGUUGAGAAUUGGAUUGAAAGCAUCAGUGAGCUUCACCGCUCCAAACCCCCUGCCACCGUGCACUACAUCAGGCCAAUGCCGGAUAUUGACAUUCUGAUGCAGGAAUGGCCACCAGAAUUUGAAGAGUUAUUGGGAAAGUUGAGCCUGCCUACAGCAGACAUGAACUGUGAUUUGGCUGAGUAUAUUGAUAUAAUUUGUGGUAUUCUGGACAUCCCUGUCUACAAAAGCAGAAUCCAGUCUCUACAUGUAUUGUUUACACUUUACUCUGAAUUCAAGAACUCACAGCACUUCAAGGCCUUGGCUGAGGGGCAGAAGACAGAGACCCCGCCUAGCACCCACACAGGCCCAGCAGAAGCAGACACACUAACUCUUGAAUGAGGCCAGAAGACAUUACAGAUCUCAUCUGACAGGAUUUGUACACCAGACCUCAUUUCCUUUUUGAAAGUCUGCACAGUUCAACAGUUCCAGUUUCUGACAUUGAAAGAUUGUUUUAAAGAUGAUGUUGCACAGCAGAAACGGACACAGAGACACUAACUCUCGAAUAAGGCCAGGAGGCAUUACACACUCACCUGACAACAUUUGUACACCAGACAUAACUUCCUUUUAAAAAGAUCCCUUUCCCUUUUCUGACAUUUAAAGUGUUGUAAGAUAAUGUGUCUUACAGAGUAAACAAUUACAUUGUGUAUAUAUAAAGAUAUUUAAUUUGC